ACUGCUCAUUUCAGACAUCGAUUCAAAAUGAGUCUCUCUGCUAAAGACAAAACAAUUGUGAAGGCCCUCUGGGCAAAGAUCUCCCCAAAGACUGAGGAUAUCGGCAAUGAGGCAAUGUCCAGAAUGCUCUAUGUCUACCCUCAGACCAAAACCUAUUUCUCUCACUGGAGCGACCUGACCCCUGGAUCCGCUCCUGUGAGGAAGCAUGGAAAGAAGGUCCUCGGUGGAAUCGGUUUGGCUGUUGAGAAAAUCGACGACCUUUUCGCCGGCCUGCUCAGUCUUAGCGAGCUGCAUGCCUUUCAGCUGAGAGUCGAUCCUGCUAACUUCAAGAUCCUGUCCCACAACAUUCUUGUGGUGUGUGCCAUGCUCUUCCCUGUUGACUUCACACCUGAAGCCCACCUGGCCAUGGACAAGUUCCUUGCAAGACUGGCCCUGGCUUUGUCUGACAAAUAUCGUUAA